GUGGCAGACGGGCGAGGCCUGGACUUGUAAUGUUGUUGGUCUUUUACCUUUUAAGGUCGUGAACAUUUGCAUAAGAAUAACUAAAAACUUGUUUGUUCAGUUUGCUUUACGAUUCUGCUUUUUGGGAUAAAGUUGAUGCUUCUGAUGAUGAUGCUGAUGACGUGUGAGGAAACGCUGUUUUCUCAGUAAUAAGAGGAGGAGGGAGAAAAAAAAGCUGCAUAAAGGAAGAGGGCGGACUUUCCUCUGGAUCUCCUGCCAGAAAUGAAAAGCUGUCGCAGAGCGAGAGGAACCAUGGAGGAAAGAACGCCACAGAACCUGCUGCUCUGUCUGAGUUUCCUCCUGUGCUGCACAAUAAACCAAGUCCUCCCAGCUAGUCUGACUGUGAGUCCCAGCAGAUCUCAGUUCUUUAAAGGAGACUCUGUGUCUCUGAGCUGUGAGGAGGACAGCAGCUCUGCUGGAUGGACUGUGAGGAGGAACACAACCAGAGGAACCAGGACUCAGUGUGGAGAUGGAUGGGGGAAACCAGCUGGUUCUACCUGCGCCAUCAGCUACAUGGACCAAUUAGACAGUGGAGUUUACUGGUGUGAGUGGAGAGAGGGAGCAGCCAGCAGCAGCAUCCAGCUCACUGUCACUGGUGGAUCAGUGAUCCUGCAGAGUCCUGUCCUCCCUGUGAUGGAGGGAGAUGACGUCACUCUGAGCUGUCACACAAAGACCGCUCCCUCCAACCUCCCAGCUGCUUUCUAUAAAGAUGGCUCCCUCAUCAGGACUGAGCCUGCAGGUCACAUGACCCUCCACCAUGUGACCAGCUCUGAUGAAGGCCUCUACAGGUGUAGCAUCAGCGGUCAUGGAGAGUCUCCAUCCAGCAGCAUCUCUGUCUCAGAAAAAGUGACUUUAAUAUCAGUCGUCCCAGCUGCUCUGACUGUGAGUCCCAGCAGAUCUCAGUUCUUUAAAGGAGACUCUGUGUCUCUGAGCUGUGAGGAGGACAACAGCUCUGCUGGAUGGACUGUGAGGAGGAACACAACCAGAGGAACCAGGACUCAGUGUGGAGAUGGAUGGGGUAAACCAGCUGGUUCUACCUGUAACAUCAGCAGCCUCCUACUACAUGACAGUGGAGUUUACUGGUGUGAGUGGAGAGAGGGAGCAGCCAGCAGCAGCAUCCAGCUCACUGUCACUGGUGGAUCAGUGAUCCUGCAGAGUCCUGUCCUCCCUGUGAUGGAGGGAGAUGACGUCACUCUGAGCUGUCACACAAAGACCGCUCCCUCCAACCUCCCAGCUGCUUUCUAUAAAGAUGGCUCCCUCAUCAGGACUGAGCCUGCAGGUCACAUGACCCUCCACCAUGUGACCAGCUCUGAUGAAGGCCUCUACAGGUGUAGCAUCAGAGGUCAUGGAGAGUCUCCAUCCAGCAGGAUCUCUGUCUCAGAAAAAGUGACUUUAAUAUCAGUCCUCCCAGCUGCUCUGACUGUGAGUCCCAGCAGAUCUCAGUUCUUUAGAGGAGACUCUGUGUCUCUGAGCUGUGAGGAGGACAACAGCUCUGGUGGAUGGACUGUGAGGAGGAACACAACCAGAGGAACCAGGACUCAGUGUGGAGAUGGAUGGGGGAAACCAGCUGGUUCUACCUGUAACAUCAGCAGCCUCCUACUACAUGACAGUGGAGUUUACUGGUGUGAGUGGAGAGAGGGAGCAGCCAGCAGCAGCAUCCUGCUCACUGUCACUGGUGGAUCAGUGAUCCUGCAGAGUCCUGUCCUCCCUGUGAUGGAGGGAGAUGACGUCACUCUGAGCUGUCACACAAAGACCGCUCCCUCCAACCUCCCAGCUGCUUUCUAUAAAGAUGGCUCCCUCAUCAGGACUGAGCCUGCAGGUCACAUGACCCUCCACCAUGUGACCAGCUCUGAUGAAGGCCUCUACAGGUGUAGCAUCAGCGCUCAUGGAGAGUCUCCAUCCAGCAGGAUCUCUGUCUCAGAGAAACCCUCCACCUCUGCUCCUCCACCUCCCCAGUGACUCCUCAUCUCUUUAUGUCGGCUUGUUUGCUGUUGCAUCAUCAGGUGUUCUGUUUUGACUGGUGUGACUGUUUCUACAAAUUAAGCGGCAUUGACACAAACGUCUUGAUUUACUAUUCCUCCUUAAUCACAAUUAUAUGCAUGUUUAAUCUUUGUUACUGUUUUUUUAACAGAUUUGUUUAAAUAAUAACAUCAAUAUGUCUCAAUAUGGAAAGGAUCAAUUGUUUUAUUAUUGUUAUCGCAACACGGCACUAAAAGUUUUUACUCCCACUACUUAGAAUACUGUACUUCAUUAACAUGAGUUAAGCCCAGAAGGUUUUUGGACCAAUUUCUGCUUGAAUUUACACGUCUGAGAUAAAUCAAGCUUCAAAGAUGUAAAGUGUAAAUGUAAAAGCUAGUAUUUGGGGCUUAAAGGGUUAAACCGCUGUUGUAUCACAAGUGAACUUAAUGAGCCAAUAUGUGAUGAACUGCUAAACAUUUUAUCUGCUCUCUUUCUGCUCAUUUUAAGCAUCAUCUGGGGUCUAAUCGACAUGAUAUAACUUGAUAUACGGCAUAGAGGAAGGUUAUAACUGUUUUAGGUACAUCCCAGUGUGACCUUUAUUAACAUUACAGCAGGUUGAAAACAUGUUUAGUUUCAGUUCUGCUUCUUCCAGAUUGUUUGACAUGUGAAAACCUACAACCACUGAAUGUGUGAUUGUUUAACGUUUUUUCCCCCAAAUAAAAGCCUAAAAUAUUAAA